CAGCUGCGAUGACAGAGGAAACCAGAAUGGCAUUAAAGAUUGAACAGCUUCAGCUCGAUUUGAUGCUAAGAAGGUUGCGGACAAACCCCCUUCAUGGAUGUCACCAGUCUCAUUUCCGGGCUGGAGGACUUCGAUAAAAUCCGUCCGCCUGCCUACAGAGUCGCACUGAAGCUUGAAAGUCUACAGAACAUCUGUCGCAUGGAUGUCGUGUCGGCUCGCCACAUCGAGGCCGCCUUCGACUUGGGGGGCAGAGCCAAGCGGGGGCGAGAUUCUAUCUUGAGCAAGGAGCAAGUAACCCAGCGCCUGAACGGGAUGUUCCGGAGUGCGUCGCCGGAAUUUGCAGAUCGUUCCACUGCGGAGCCGACGGAAAAAUUAUGCAGUCUUAUAUUCAGGAUGUUUGACAGGAAUCAGUUGGGUCAAGUAAGGGCGAUUUCUCUCCAUCUUGCUCUCAUCUGUUUAUCGGCGGAAACUCUCCUGCGGAAAUACGGAGCACUGGCGUGCGCAGCGGCAAGCGCUUCCGGAUCCAUCAAUAGGUCGUCUCUUAGAUCUGUGUUGGAGGAUGUCGACCAGGUUCCUGCACUCAUCCAAGAGGAAGGGGUGUUUGGUGCUGUUGAAGAGGCGGUCGAGUCGUGCUUUCACGGAGUGCUGACCUCCACCAUAGGCAGGGGACAUGUGUCAUCGUGGCUGCAGAGUGAGCCUCGUUUGUUGCAAUGGCUACCUGUACUGUAUCGUCAGUUCAUAAGUCAGAAGGUCGUUCACGCCGUCCGCUGUCAUAUCUGCAAAAUAUUUCCCAUCAAUGGACUCAGGUAUCGCUGUGUGAAGUGUGUGAAAGUCCACGUGUGUCAGAGUUGCUUCCUGUCAGAGCGACACACACGGAAACACAAGAGCCACCACCCAGUGAUUGAGUUCUGCACACAGCCCACCUGGCGAGAGUCUUUCUCUUCAAUUGUGCACCGUGCUCGUCACUUCCUGUUACCACGGCGAUAUACUCAAAGGGGAGCUGACGGGGCGAAAAGUCUAACGAGUGAAGAGGCAAAAGACAGCCAUGAGAUGGCUCCACCUCUUCGUUUGGCUGCCGCUCCCGAAGAAUGCGGGAGCACCGCUUCUGCUGUUGGGGUUUCCCAUGAUUACUCAAUAAAGCCUCGUUCCUCUUCAACGAAAGCCCAACAGACUGAUGAGAUGCUGCCAGAACAGUUGGAGGUAUCCACUCUGCUGACUGAAGUCAGGGACCUGCACAGAGACAAACGGCUACUAGAAGAGCAACUGCAGGUGUGGCGUCUGACUGUCCAAUCAGAACAGGGUAUACUGAAGGAACGCUGCACGGAGAUGGAGGUCACCCUGGAAACAGUUCAAGAACACAACAUCCGUCUGCAGGCGACACUCAUUCAGACACUAAACAAGCUGGAACGACAACAACAACCUGCCAAUGAUGUGUCACGAGACCAGAAUGAGCUGGAGCACACGGAAAACACAGGGAAAGAAAACAUGACACCCUCUUCAGACCUGGAGAUGUGCGUGGUUGAAGAUAUCAAUGAAGAAUUCAUCAUGAAGACAAACGAUGAGUGGGGUGAGAAAGACAAAAGUCCACCCACAACAAUAAACCAGGACAUUGCUUGGUUACACGACAUCCACGAUGAGGAGGCGAAUUGUGCAGGUAGCAGCCAUCGUUGUCAAUCGAUUGAACAAGAGGAUGUCCUAAUAAAGGUGGAGGUGGGUAUGUCUGAUGAACAGGAUUCUGGAACUUGUAGUCCGGAAGAGUUGCUGCAGCAGACUGUGGACCGACUAAUAAGUGCCCUCGGGACUGACAGGAGGAAGGAUAAACAAUCAGGCGAUAAGAGGUUGGCGCUUAUUGAGGCUGCAGACCAUGUUGGAGACUCAUUACUCUACCUGGUGGACACCUUGAGACAAAUCCCCAGCUAAAUGAAGAAAGAAACGUUUAAGCCGUCAACAGUGUCAAAGGCAGUUUAGUCUCCAGGACCAAUUUCAAGUCGACUCAUCGAGCUACUUCUCUCUCUAUCCGCCCCCCCCCUCUCAUUUUAAAAAUACUUUUUUUCUGUUCUGUUGAGUCAUGAAAAUGAGCGGCCAAAAAGACAUGUUUUAAAAAUUCCCUUUUUUUAUUUAUAUUUUUUUUAUUUUGAAAUGGUCCCUAAGUGUUGGCGUUGUAACAACUGUGCUACUUUGGAGUCUUU